AUGAAUAAUAGCAUUGUUAGUGCUGAUCAAAUUGCUGAAAUCUUAACAAAAUAUUCUUUAGGUGAACUUACAUCACCUAUCGAACGAUUAACAAAUGGAUGGACCAAUAUAACAAUGAAAUUCACUACUACACCCGAUGAUAAAACCUAUAUUCUUCGUAUAUACCUUCCAGGGACAUUAAGAAAUAUAUCUUUUGAAAAUAUUAAAUUCGAAUUAGAUUUUAUUACGUACAUAUACAACGAACUUAACCUGCCUGUUGCACCUAUGAUUGAUCCACCUGGAAUUUUUACAUUUGACAAUGAAAAUUAUUGUGUUCUCUUUCCAUUUAUUCAUGGCAUCAAAUAUUUAGAUACACCUGAAACACCGGUUCGCCAAUUAUGGCAAACAUUAGAAAUCAGUCGAUUUCUUGGUCGAAUGCAUUCAAAUAUCAGGACGAAAAAGUUAAAAUUGAUUUCAUCAAAUCGAUGUUCAGUUAAAUUUACAAAUAUUAAAUAUGACCUUGUUCAUUCUUGUGAACAAUUUCAAAAAGAACAUCCAGAUCUUUACAAAAGAAUACGUAUAAUAACUGAUCAACAUACGAAAUCGAUUCCUUUAAUUAGUGAUACAGAUGAGCAGGAUAUUUUUGAAAAGAAUCUUGUCAACAAUUUACCUAUUGGUUAUAUUCAUGCUGAUAUUCAUGAUGAUAAUGUUCUAUUUUCUCUUGAUGAAAAUAAAAUUGCUGCUGUACUCGAUUUCGAUGAUAUGUAUAUUGGACCAUUGCUUAUUGAUUUAGCUAUUACUUUAUGUUUAUGGUGUGGAACUGGAUCAAUAUUUAAUUUUGAAUAUGCAAGAGAAUUUUUAUUUGUUUAUCAAAAUGAAAGAGAAAUGUUAUUAACAGAUGACGAAUGGAACUUAUUAGAAACUUUCUGUUACUUAACUAUACUUAAUCAAAUAUUAUUUUCCAUUCAAGCUGAGGAAUGUGCAAAACCAUUGAGAAAUAUGAUAAAUGAAUUGCUUUUACCUAUUGAGUGUAUCGCAAAAGAAGAAAAUAGGUUUUUAGGAAAAGUUCGACAAAUAAAAUAA